CUGACCGCCGUUGGCUGUUGGGCAAGUGGUGCUGGUGCGCCUAGCGGAUAGGGGGCGGGAGCGCGCUCCCGGAAGCCAGCCGCGAGGCCUCGCCCCGCCACCGAGGCUGCUGCCGGGAACCAGUUUUGUCAGUGCUAAGUUCUCGUGGGUCCUGACCGUGGGUGGCGACGGCGGAGGCCGGCGGGAGGCUGCCCACAGCGCCACGCGCAGGAGCUGCAUGAUGUGGGAAGUAAAAUCACUUGUUUCAUGCUUGGGAUGGGAGCAGAGAGGCAGGUGGCUCUGAAGUUUCUGGUGUGGUAUUGAUAGCCAUCUUUCCUUCCAGACUAGCUGUGCCACCGUGUUAUGAUGCCAUCCCGUACCAAUCUGGCGGCUGGAAUCCCCAGUAGUAAAGUAAAAUAUUCAAGACUUUCCAGCACAGACGAUGGCUACAUUGACCUUCAGUUUAAGAAAAGCCCUCCCAAGAUCCCGUAUAAGGCCAUUGCACUAGCCACCGUGCUGUUUUUGAUUGGCACCUUCCUCAUAAUCAUAGGCUCUCUCCUGCUUUCCGGCUACAUCAGCAAAGGGGAUUUUAUCAUUUGCGCAUCGCCUACUAUGCAUCCAAAGGCUACCGGGGUUACUCCUAUGAUGACAUUCCAGACUUUGAUGACUAGCAGUCACCUCGGCCUUCUGAAGAGACAAGGCACCCACUUAAACGUCGAGCAGGAACUAUGGCUGAGGGCUGAGGAAGUCUACAGUUUGCAGAUGUUUUGCAAGACAAUGGCUGGAUUGUAUGAGUCCUUUUCCAAAAUGUUCAUGCUUUGUAAUUAGCUAAUUAGGACAUGCUAGUUUUCAUCUGCUGGCCCUGGCACAGCUUGACAAGUUUUUCCACCUGCGUAUGCAUCAUGUCAGAACUGUGAGGCCGAUUGUCUGGGAAGGCAGGCUGCUCCGCAGUGAAAAGUGCUACCCUUGGGGCGAUCCUCCCUUUUGCCCUCGUCGUCAGUUUUUGUAGCAUAUGGAAAAUGUAUUAUGUAUAGUUUCUUAUUACUAAGUAAUUUAUUUUUAAAAUAUCUAUCUUACCCCUCACACACUCCUCUACCUGCACAUCAUGGUAAAAUUAAAAUAUCUGUCUUAUCCUAUAUGCUCUCUACCUUCAUAUUCUGAUAAAACUAAAUAUAUGUGAUCCAUCUAUAA